AUGUCUACCGAGCGGGAACUGCAGGUUGCGCCGAUUGUGCCGGAAUCGGUCAUGCACAACACAAAGGCGCUAUCCAACAUCCAGAGUCUGACGGCCUCGAUAUUCGGCGUGGCAGCCGGCAUCCUGGGGCUCGAGAGCUACAGCGGCUUCCUGUUCUACCUGAUCUUCUCCAUCCUGACCACGAUGCUCUUCUACACGGUCCGCGUCGCUCCCACCUCCCUAAAGUCCGGCCUGGGCCCCUUUGAUACCAGCAGAUACUUCAGGACACAGUACGAAUUCUGGACGGGGGGCAUCUUUGGUGGUUUGGCUGGCUAUAUAUUGACCUGGACUCUGUUCUAUGGCUUGGUGCGGGCUUGA